AUGAGUCCAGAGUGGGUGGCAGAGAAAACUGAUAGAGAACUUUCAAACCUCCUUUCUCUCUACUUCACUCAACUAGUCUCCAUACAGUCUCAAACUGAAGCAGUCUUAUAAUUUUCUAAAGCUUUACUUGUAUCUUCCCAUCUGAAAGAUUGUUUAGUUUAUAUCUUUUUUUUUUCUUUCCGUCUUUCGCUCACUGUAUGUACCAUGAGGCCGGAGAAAAACUCUUUGGACCUCAACAACUUGCCUGAAGAUUUCAGUAAUAGAGAUGGCAAACAAGUCAUUGAUGAUUCCUCUUCAGCUUCUGGCUAUAGGAAAAAGAAAGGCGGCGCUAAGGAAGGGAAAGAUGAGUGCGGGAAGGUCUAUGAAUGUAGGUUUUGUUCCCUCAAGUUCUGCAAAUCUCAAGCUCUCGGAGGACACAUGAACCGCCACCGACAAGAGAGGGAGACAGAGACACUGAGCCGGGCUCGUCAGCUCGUCUUCGGUAACGAUAACCCAGCCGCUCAGGUCCCUUCUCAUCUAGGGUGCCAUCCAAUCGCAGCAGGAAGUUACCAUACAGCAGGUCAUAUUGGAGAUCCAUUCAGAUCAGUCCACCCACCAAGACUAUUCACUGGUUCUUCUACAAUAAUUCCACCGCCACAACCACCGCCUUACUCUUACCCUUCACCUUCACGUCUUACUUCCUACUGCACUCAGUAUCCUCCUCCUCAUCCCAUGAACGAGUACUACGUCGGCCAUGUCCUCACCAGCCGUUCUUCCCAUUCUCAUUCACAAUACCCUCACCAAAACCUAAAUUACAUGGGUGCACCGGUUGGGUCAAACUACACAUGCAUUGGCGCGCCUGUCAGAGGACACGGGUUCAUGGCGGGUUCAAGCCGUGGCAGUAGCGCAGACUUGAGUGGAGCAUCAUCCGGAGGGAGAGACGGGUCACUGCGCAAUCAGGAGGAAGGAUUGAAUUGGGUUCCGCCUUUCUAGCCAACAACAAUAUGGUUAAGUAAGGUUUAAGUAGGACUGGAUGAUGAACAAAUGAAAAUAAUAUCGAAAGAAUUGAUCAUGUGGUUUCACACGGCACCCAGAGAGCCAGAGAGACAUAACAAACAGACAAAUGGGGUCACGCAAGGAAGGACAGAAAGAGAAGUUUCUGGUUUAUGUACAGGAGAUUGGGUUUUGGGGAAGGCAUUUUGAGAUCAUGUGCACACUCAGCUAGUUUGGCUUUGAGCUAUGAGGAUCGUUGUACAAUGACCAUUUGUUAAAAAUAGGAACCAGAGCUUUGGAUAUAUUGGACAAGAAGUUACAUAUGAACUGAAAGUCCUUAACCAUCUUUUUGCAUUUGCAUGCCAA